AGUUAGGUUUUUUUUUCCCCUCCUUCUUUUUUUCUUUAACUCCCGCGCAUCUUCCGCCGCCCGCGGAGCUUCCGCAGCCCUUCCGCCACUUCCCGCAUGACUGUCACCAAGGGUCAAGGAGCACCCACUGUUCCCUGAGCCCCGUGUCCAUUCCUGGGUGUCAGGAGGCACCCAACGAGCCCACGGAGCAGAGCAGGGCAGAGCUCUUGUCGAGUCAAUGAGAGACCUCCACAAGUCUAGCGUGCUGGGAAGCAAGCACGGCAGCCUGAUGUCAUGGCGCCCGCAGUACCGCAGCUCCAAGUUCCGGAACGUCUACGGGAAGGUGGCCAGCCGGGAGCACUGCUUCGACGGCAUCCCCAUCACCAAGAACGUCCACGACAACCACUUCUGCGCCGUCAACGCGCGCUUCCUGGCCAUCGUCACCGAGAGCGCCGGCGGCGGCUCCUUCCUCAUCAUCCCCAUCCAGCAGACAGGCCGGAUCGAACCAAACUACCCCAAAGUUUGUGGUCACCAGGGCAAUGUGCUGGACAUCAAGUGGAAUCCCUUCAUUGAGAACAUCAUCGCGUCCUGCUCCGAGGACACCUCAGUGCGGAUCUGGGAGAUCCCAGAGGGUGGCCUGAAGAGGAACAUGACGGAGGCUGUCCUGGAGCUGUAUGGCCACAGCCGGCGCGUUGGCCUCGUCGAGUGGCAUCCCACCACCAACAACAUCCUCUUCAGUGCUGGCUAUGACUAUAAGGUCCUCAUCUGGAACCUGGACAUCGGGGAGCCGGUGAAGAUGAUCGACUGCCACACAGAUGUCAUCCUCUGCAUGUCCUUCAACACUGAUGGCAGCCUCCUGGCCACCACCUGCAAGGACAAGAAGCUGCGGGUGGUGGAGCCGCGCUCCGGGAGGGUCCUGCAGGAGGCCAGCUGCAAGAACCAUCGUGUCAACCGGGUGGUCUUCCUGGGCAGCACCAAGCGGCUGCUGACGACGGGGGUGUCGCGCUGGAACACGCGGCAGAUCGCUCUCUGGGACCAGGAAGACCUCUCCAUGCCCCUGAUAGAGGAGGAGAUUGAUGGGCUCUCGGGGCUCCUCUUCCCCUUCUACGACGCCGACACACACAUGUUGUACCUGGCUGGCAAGGGGGAUGGCAACAUUCGGUACUACGAGAUCGGCUCGGAAAAGCCCUACCUGAGUUAUCUGAUGGAGUUCCGCUCCCCAGCCCCACAGAAAGGCCUGGGGGUGAUGCCAAAGUAUGGGCUGGACGUGUCGGCCUGCGAGGUCUUUCGUUUCUACAAGCUCAUCACCCUCAAGGGGCUGAUUGAGCCCAUCUCCAUGAUCGUGCCCAGGAGGUCAGAAACCUACCAAGAGGACAUUUACCCAAUGACCCCAGGUACAGAGCCAGCCCUGACCCCCGACGAAUGGCUGAGUGGAGUGAACAGAGAUCCCAUCCUGAUGUCACUGAAGGAGGGCUACAAGAAGACAUCCAAAAUGGUCUUUAAGGCACCAGUGAAGGAGAAGAAGAGCGUGGUGGUCAACGGCAUCGACCUGCUGGAGAACGUGCCCCCCAGGACCGAGAACGAGCUCCUCCGGAUGUUCUUCCGGCAGCAGGACGAGAUCCGGCGGCUGAAGGAGGAGCUGGCGCAGAAGGACAUCCGGAUCCGACAGCUGCAGCUGGAGCUGAAGAACCUCCGCAACAGCCCCAAGAAUAACUAACUCCCAGGGACGUUUUCUAAACAAACUCUCUUUGUUUAUACCUGCUCUUUAAUUUGAUGGUGUCCCCCCCACCCCCACCCCUCACCCCCACACCGCCCGGUGGAAGCCAAGUGACCUGCCGAGAGCCCGCUCGCUAACUGGAACCGCGGCCUCCCCAGCCCUUGUCUCGCACUAAAACCUCCAGAACUGAAAAGCUACUGCAUGAGAGGCAGCUGGGGGGAGGCCCCACCUGCCCUGGUGAUGCUCUUGGAGUAAGUAGAUGAGCCCUGUUCCCCUCCGUUGGGAUCCGGCAGCGCGGGGGCAGCCCGGCUGGCGGCUGCCGCCCUGCUUCCUUGCCGUCCGUUUUUGUCUGUCUGUCUGUCUGUUUUCCUAUGCAAAAAUAAAUGUGGCAGAACUGGAACUGAGAGGGGUGGGAAGGGCUUCAUCCCCACAAAAGACCAUUCCCCGUGGUGG